GGAGGGGGAGGGGGGCAAAACCUUCUCGUUCUCACGCGUGGAAGGCAAAAAGGACCUUUUCUGUGGGGAGAUUAAGACUAAAAGCAGUGAUCGCUCGGAAUAAUUCCAAUGGGCAUUUCAGGGAUUCAAGGAAGGCUGCAUCACCGCCGCUAUUCUCGCCGCCCUUAGCAUUGCUCUGUGCCCAUACGUUUAAAAUAUCGGGUGCAAGGAAGGGGGAAACCGUAUGUUGAAGGAGCUGCAUCUCAUUAGCACAGUAUUAUUUGCAUCUGAUUGAUUGGAGAAGAACGGUGCCUUCAUUCGGAAGCGCAUAGAGUAGGAUAGAUAAUUUACCGGCUGGUAAGUGCCAAGGCAUUUUCUCUUCCACUUUCAGCUUUCUAACCGGGUCUCCUGCUUGGUGCUGGGGCACAGAACAGCCUACCCCGAGGCAGGCUGAGCGCUCCAUCCUGGGUGCCUCCGAGCUGUCACUUCCCCUUAGAUCCGCUGAUCGCAUGGGCAUGUGCUUUAGCAAGAUUAAUCAUCUCUAAACGCUUUAAUCAGCUAAAAUGACUAAUAUGUGGUAUGUAUUUAUCUGAUCGUUUACCAGCUGCAAUAAUUCGUGGUUGUGUUUGGACGGGGACUGUUUUCCUUUAGAUCGGGGUUGUUAACCAUUUGCUGCUUUAGAGACGUUGUGGGGGUGCCGGAAGGGAAACGUUCCGGCAGGGACAUCAGCAAACCUCGCGUUCCCCCCAGCUUACCCACGGAAUACACGGAGCUGGCAGGGAGAGAGAUUCCGAAAUUCAGUAACUUUGGGAGUUUGCACGGAUGAGAGCUGUAGUGCGACAUCCCACCGAUGAGAUAUCCCCGGAUCCACGCGGGCGACGAUGGCUCUAAGCCUUUGCAAACAAGUAGCAACGCCGCGUGGUUGUGAACGCCGGCGCCGUGGUGCGACACACGCAGAGAUGCAACACGUCCUGGCUGUGUGCUCGUGUUGCUGUAGGGUCCGCAUGUGCUCUCCUCUUUAUAUAGGUGGCACUUCCCGGGGGGCGGAGGGAGGCUGGUAUCGCGUGAUUAAACCUUUACCAUCUCUUAGGUAUAAAUCAGGGCAAGGCUCGCUCAUCUGACACCCUCAGAGCGUGUCGUGAACAUCCAGCCAACCACUGCUGAACUUUCCAGGAGUCUUGACACAAGCCUGGCAGGUAGGGGCUCGGUACACGGAGCGAGGCAGGACAGGAAUACUGAACGUCUGCAUUUUGUUUCCCAUUGCAGUUCCGUAGACAUCAACAAAUGAUGAAACCUUCCUCGGCGGAGACGCUUCACAAAGGAAGGAUGUGGUGGAUAAUUCUUCUAAGCACAAUUGCUCUAGCAUGGACUACACCCAUUCCCUUGAUAGAGGACUCGGAGGAACUGGAUGAGCCUUGCUUCGAUCCAUGCUACUGUGAAGUGAAGGAGAGCCUUUUCCAUAUACAUUGCGACAACAAGGGAUUUAUAAAUAUUAGUCAGAUAACAGAGUCGUGGUCAAGACCUUUUAAACUUUAUCUGCAGAGGAAUUCCAUGAGGAAAUUGUACACCAACAGUUUUCUUCACUUGAACAAUGCUGUGUCCAUUAACCUUGGGAACAAUGCACUGCAGGACAUUCAGACGGGGGCUUUUAACGGGCUGCGGGUCCUGAAGAGGUUGUAUUUGCACGAGAACAAAUUGGACAUCUUCAGAAACGACACUUUCCUGGGUUUGGAAAGUCUGGAAUAUCUGCAGGCAGAUUACAAUGUCAUUAAGCGGAUUGAAAGCGGGGCGUUUCGAAACCUAAGUAAAUUGAGGGUCCUUAUCCUAAACGACAAUCUCAUCCCCAUGCUUCCCACCAACCUAUUUAAGUCCGUGUCCUUAACCCACUUGGACUUGCGCGGGAACAGGUUGAAAGUGCUCUCGUACCGCGGGAUGUUGGACCACAUUGGCAGGAGCCUGAUGGAGAUUCAGCUGGAGGAGAACCCGUGGAACUGCACGUGCGAGAUCGUGCAGCUGAAGAGCUGGCUGGAGCGCAUCCCCUACACCGCCUUGGUGGGGGACAUCACCUGCGAGACCCCCUUCCACUUCCACGGCAAGGACCUGCGGGAAAUCAAGCGGAGCAAGCUCUGCCCCAUGCUGUCCGACUCCGAGGUGGAAGCCAGCCUGGGCAUCCCCCAGCUGUCCUCCAGCAAGGAGAACGCGUGGCCCACCAAGCCCUCCUCCAUGCUGUCUUCCUUCCAUUUCACCGCUUCCUCGGUUGAGUACAAAACAUCCAACAAACAGCCCAAGCCCACCAAGCAGCCCCGGGCGCCCCGGCCGCCCCCGACGCCCCGCGGGCUGUACCCCGGGCCCAACCAGCCGCCCGUGGCCGCCUACCAGACCCGGCCCCCCAUCCCCAUCAUCUGCCCCACCGGCUGCUCCUGCAGCUUGCACAUCAACGACCUGGGCCUGACGGUCAACUGCAAGGAGCGGGGUUUCCACAACAUCUCCGAGCUCCUGCCCAGGCCCCUGAACGCCAAGAAGCUGUACCUGAGCGGGAAUUUGAUACAGAAAAUCUACCGCUCCGAUUUCUGGAAUUUUUCUUCUUUGGAUCUCUUACACCUGGGGAACAACCGGAUUUCCUACGUGCAGGACGGGGCUUUUAUCAACCUGCCCAAUCUCAAGAGCCUCUACCUGAACGGCAACGACAUCGAGCGGCUCACCCCGGGCAUGUUCCGGGGCCUGCAGAGCUUGCAUUACCUGUACUUCGAGUACAACCUGAUCAGGGAAAUCCAGCCGGCGGCCUUCAGCCUCAUGCCCAACCUGAAGCUGCUCUUCCUCAACGACAACCUGCUGCGCACCCUGCCCACCGACGCCUUCGCCGGCACCUCGCUGGCCCGGCUCAACCUCCGCAACAACCACUUCUUGGCGCUGCCGGUGGCCGGGGUGCUGGAGCACCUGCACGCCAUCGUCCAGAUCGACCUGAAGCUCAAUCCCUGGGACUGCACCUGCGAGCUGGUGCCGCUCAAGCAGUGGCUGGAGGCCCUCAGCUCGGUCAGCGUGGUGGGCGAGGUGCUGUGCGCCAGCCCCGAGCGCUUGGCCCGCCGCGACCUCCGCGCCCUGGAGCUGGCCGCGUGGUAUCAGCUUCAGCAGCUCAGCGUGUGGUGGUGCUCAGAGCCGUGCUGUAAAUCUGUCGCUGUGUGUUUGCUUUGCUCACUCAUCGACUGUACUCACGUUCUUCCUACAGGUGGAGAGGACAGGAGCCACCAGCAACACGACAGAAAGGUCUCUACAGGUUGUCGAUAUGCAGUGGUCUCCAUUUCUGGAGGACUGAUGUAUGCUAGCAGCAGCUCUUGA